AUGAACGUACAGCCGGCCAAACUGGUAGUUGAUCGUGAACCCAUUUUCAUGAAACGACGGGUAAUCCCCUAUGGCCAGCGUGAUGGCGUACUACAGGCCCUUGAGAAAAUGGAGCGCGAUGGCAUAAUCACACGAGUCACAUCCAGUAUGUGGGCAACGCCAAUCGUGAUCGCAAUCAAAAGUGACGGCAAAACACCGCGAAUUUGUGGCGAUUACCGAUUAACCCUCAACCCGCGGUUGCGAAAGUAUACGGCUACCACCAUGAAACCGGAGGAUUUCAUGAAAGCAUUGCGUGGUCACACAUGCUUCUCGAAGAUCGACUUGGCUGAUGCAUACCUCCAGCUUCCUCUCACCCCAACCUGCCGGCAAUUCACCACCAUCAACAUACCGUAG